AAUCUAACACAAUUCGCAAAAAGUUUACUUCUUCUUCCUCUUCAUCUUGGAGCCGCCACCGACCGGCCGCGUACUCCUCGCCGUCACCGUUCCAUUCCACACCUACCGCACUAGGAAAGAGUAGCUCGACGAGCAACCGAAUCCAUGGCGACGGCGCCGUGUCCUCUCCCUCACAGGUGUCUGCUCCUCCUCCACCUGGCCCUCCUCGCGUUCCUCUUGGCUGCGGCCCCGGCGGCCGAUGCGUGGACGGGGGAGAUCCGCGGCCGCGUUGUCUGUGACGUCUGCGCCGACUCUGCCAUCGGGCCGGAGGACCACAUCCUCGAAGGUGCCGAAGUUGCUGUUCUGUGCAUUACAAAAUCUGGUGAGGUCAUCAACUACCAGGCCUUCACAAACUCCAAGGGUAUCUAUAGUAUUGCAGAGACGAUGCCGGAGAGCGACCGGUGGGAGUCAUGCUUGGCAAGGCCCAUCAGCAGCUUCCACCAGCAUUGCACCAGGAGGGGCGAUGCACACUCUGGGGUCAAGUUCACAUACAACAAACAGUCAGGGAACUCGCACAACGUCAAGACAUUCCUCUACAAGCCUGUGAAUGUUCCUCUCUACUGUAGCUAAAUGACGAGUUGGCAAAUAUACAGGGUGUAUUCAUUACAGGGUUUGAUAUAGGUAAACGUGUACGAUGUGGAUAGGGAAUGUGUUGGCCGACCUGUUCUUGUAAUCAUCUGCUGCGUGUAGAUUGUUACUGAUGUCGUCGUUUGAAGUGAUUUGAUGCUGAAUGCAUAACGAUUGUGUAUUAUUACUA